AUGUCCUCGUCGGUCAGUAGCCCCAAGGUCUCUCCGUUUUGUAACUGUGGGAAGAAAGCGAAGCUGUGGACCUCGUGGACUGAAGCUAACCCGGGUAGGCGAUUCAACGGGUGUGAAGAUUGGGAGAUUGGAGGCUGUAUUUUUUUUGCUUGGGAAGAUCCCCCAAUUCCUCGACGUAGUCUCUAUGUGAUUCGGAAGCUUCGUGAAUAG